AUGGUUCUUGCACAUCGGGCAGUGCGGGAUCAGAUUCUUCGACACACAGCCAUGUCUUCGUCUGAUGCUGUAGUACUCUUCGACGUUGGGGCAGGUCAGUCAAAAGGAGGGAGGGAAUUCCAGGAAGAUCGAUGUGUGAUUGUUCUACCGGAACAGUUUCCUGCCAAGACGAACGAUAAGUUGGCAUUCCUUGCCGUAUACGAUGGCCAUGGAUCUGGAUUGGUAUCGGAGCACGCUAGUAAACAAUUGCAUCAUCUGCUCACUAAACGACCCGAGUUUCAAAAGGGAGACUACGCUACAGCUAUCAAAGCUGCCUUGGCCGAUGAGGAUGCUCUGUUGCUGGAAAGUUCCAAGGACUCGACUGAGGCUGCUAUCUCUGGGUCAACGGCUGCAGUUUGUUUGGUGAACCUCACUCAGGGUGAGUUGAUUGUCUCUAACCUAGGUGACUCGCAUGUUAUCCUGGCGGAGCGAGACCCCAAAACAGACCGUCCUUAUCAUAUUCGACGACUCACCGAAGCACACAAGCCCGAGGUACCCAGUGAACGACGACGGAUUGAAGAGGCCGGGGGCGAAGUUACUAUGCGCAGUGGUAUUGCUCGGUUAGAGGGCGUAGGCUCUCUGAAUAUGUCUCGCGCUCUCGGUGACCUGCAAUACAAGAACCCUGUCAAUGAAGUAAAGGAUUCAAGUUGCAUGCCCCGGAUCCGACGUCUUUCAUCGUCAUCGAGCGCGGUCCGUGGAGACUUCCUUUCAAACGACCCGUAUACAUCCCGACGGACAUUGCAACCAGAUCGACGCUACUUGUUGGUUAUUAUGUCGGACGGGGUCAGUGACCACACAAACGACGUGGCCCUGGUCCAACACGUGAUGAAAUUGGCGAUGCGGGGGAUGCGAGCGAGUGAGAUCGCACAAGAGGUGACGGCGAAUAGUACUCGAUCUGUUAAAAGUGAUAAUGCCUCGUGUAUUGUGGCGAUGUUGGAUGGACAGAGAGCAUGA